AUGUCUCGCACAUUCACUAAAUUGGAGGAGAAUAUCCUAUUGCAUUUGCAAUUGAUACAAGAGAAAAGAGGUUCUAUCUCCUUCUCGAAACCAAGUGAAAGUCAAUAAUCUAGCAGAGUCUAUUCUUGGUGUACGAAUCCUGCUAAUAGUAAUCAUGAAUCACUCUCUAAUCCAACAUUCUAAGUUGAAAUCGAACCCAAUCGUUUCCUAUUCUCUUAAAUCUAUUAAUAUGAUUAUUCAUUUGGAUAAUUCGGAAUUCGGUGA